GAUUUGACAGCUUGUUAAAGUAGCUGAGCAGCCGAAGAGACGGGAAUAACCUGCAAUAGUUUCUCACUUAGGUUGGCCUAUUUUUUUAUUUUUUUUGUAAUUCCGUCGGCUUCGAUCACAUGAUGACAUCUUUAGACGAAAGUAAUAAAGAGAAGUUGCGCUCUGUGUCUGUGGACUUGAACAAUGAUGCAUCUCUUCUCAUUGACAUCCCUGAUGCACUCUGUGAAAGGGACAAGGUCAAGUUCACGGUCCAUACAAAGACGACACUUAGCUGUUUCCAGAAGCCAGACUUCUCGGUUCCCAGGCAACAUGAAGAUUUCAUCUGGCUACAUGACACUCUGGUUGAAACUGAGGACUAUGCCGGGCUAAUAAUUCCUCCAGCACCCCCAAAGCCCGACUUUGAGAGCCCGAGAGAGAAGAUGCACAAACUCGGGGAAGGCGAAGCCACUAUGACCAAGGAAGAAUACACUAAAAUGAAGCAGGAGCUGGAAGCAGAGUAUCUGGCUGUCUUCAAGAAAACUGUCCAAGUACACGAGGUCUUCUUGCAAAGAUUGUCCUCUCACCCCAUUUUAAGCAAAGACAGAAACUUCCAGAUUUUCCUUGAGUAUGACCAGGAUCUCAGUGUGAGGAGAAAGAAUGCCAAGGAAAUGUUUGGAGGAUUCUUUAAGAACAUGGUGAAGUCAGCUGAUGAGGUUCUCAUCUCAGGGAUAAAGGAAGUUGAUGAGUUUUUUGAGCAGGAGAAGACGUUUUUGCUUGACUACUACAGCAAGAUAAAAGAUUCCACUGCCAAAGCUGAGAAAAUGACGCGUUCACACAAAAAUAUUGCGGAUGAUUACAUUCACAUUUCUGCUACUUUGAACAGUAUCUCUGCUGAAGAUGGUACAGCGAAUAAGAGGACCCUGGAUAAUUUCUCAGACAUGUUUGAGAAGCUCAGAAAAGUGGAGGGAAGAGUAGCAUCGGAUCAGGAGCUUAAACUCACAGAGCUGUUAAGAUACUACAUGAGGGACAUUCAGGCUGCUAAGGACCUUCUGUACAGGCGAGCCCGGGCGUUAGCUGACUAUGAGAACUCUAAUAAGGCUUUGGAUAAAGCUCGACUGAAGAGCAAGGACGUUCCCCAGGCAGAAGAACACCAGAAACACUGUUUGCAGAAAUUUGACAAUCUCUCAGAGUCUGGGAAGAAAGAACUCACCAGUUUCAAGGGCAGGCGUGUUGUGGCCUUCAGGAAGAACCUCAUAGAAAUGGCCGAGCUUGAGAUAAAACAUGCCAAGAACAGCGUGACUCUAUUGCAAGGAUGCAUUGAGCUGCUUAAGAGCAACUGACAGAUCUUUGAGGACUUGCGUCCCACCCUCACGAAGUGGCCAGUCAUAGCAAAAGGAAACCUGGCGUCCCUGGGGCUGUGCAUGGACAUGAUCCCAACCCCUGUCUCUGCUCCCACCUGGGUCUAAUGCCACUUUAAAACCCUUUGCAAGACUAUCUUGUAAGCACAGUGUCUUCAUGUUUACAAAGUCCUUGUCCUCUUUCCGUGACUCAUCCUUUUCUAUUCGUGUGGAGGUCGAAUUCAAUGUGAACGCAGCUGCCAACAUUAAGGUCUUCUGUAUUUUUGCUGCACUAAUAGAUGUAGAGAUAUUCAUAAUUUCUCAUGGCAUGUGCAAAGUCUUUAUCUUGGCUUUUUUUGAUCAUGUUUCUGUCUUGAUUCUGAUUCUAACCUGCUCCCUCAUAAACACUUACAGGUAAUGUCUUAAAAGGCUUGGAAAACAUUUUUGGGUAACAAUGACAUCAACCAUCUUUAUGUGUGCUUGCGGUGGACUUUAUUGUUUACUAAUGGUACAUGUUUAAAUAACAAAAAAUUAGUGCCUGAGAAAAAAAUGGUGUUCCCUUGGAUUCCAGGCCUGUGAAAGUGAUGUAUCGCUGGACCAGCCCGGCAGUUCUGAAACUCAUGUCUUAAACAUGCAAGAGACAUCACUGUUGUUUGCACAAGAUUAGACUUCACCCCAAGAAUUGGAGAAUUGGAUCGGUCCUCCCAUUGUUAUUUCUUACAAAGUGGCCUAGUUUCCCAUAGAUUUUGGGGAUUAAAUAUCGAAAUAUAUAUAAAGAUCUGAUCAUGAGACCAGAGAGAGAAAUAAGUCAGAUAUUGCAGCAUUUUCAAAUCAACUUAAAUCCUGACUAUUGGUCUUUCAUUUAUUUGAAGUCUGUGCUGCAAAUAUCCCCACAUCUAAAGCAUCUUAUUCAUCUCUAGCCAUUUAUUCUUUACUUUUCAUUAAGUAAUUUGUGUUAUUUCUUUAUGUUGCCUUUUUUUUUUUUGUUACGGAUGAGGUGUGACACCUCAGAUGCAGUGAAUUUACCACACAUAAAAUUGUUUAUUUUGAAACAAAAUAAAAUGCACCUGUAUUAAAAAAAAAAAA